CCUCCCCACAGUCGCCGCGCCUCCACACGCAGCGCGAGAGGAGCAACACAACCGGUAUCCGCGCACGGAGCUCGAGCGUCCGCAUAUCGCAGAGCAGAGGGGACGAGGAAAAGCGCGCUGCGGGCGUCUCGCCGUUCAAAAUGCUCGCCGGCAAGGGCUAUUCGUGGAAGGCCGCCCGGGCGAGACUGCCACCGAGCAGGCAGAUAUGGCACAUACUGAGGAAUACACGGACGCUGUUGGCAGUUGGCCUGCUCACCAUCAUUAUCCUGCUGUGGCGCUCAAUGGGGUCCGCUGCGGGAGAGAUGCAGAGGUUCUACUGCUGGGGUCCCUCAAAGCCGCCGAUGCGCAUGACGCCGAACGAGUAUGAAGACUGGCAUGCACAUCUCCAGACGCCCGUGCUCUUCAACCAUCACAAACCGGUCGAGGUCAACAAUACGACGAUAGAACACGUCGACCUCAACGUAAUCAAAUCAACAACAGAAGCCCUCAGGAACAAGGAGCGCGUGCUCAUCCUCACGCCGCUGCGUGAUGCCGCUUGGUACCUGGCGCAGCACUUCGACCUCCUCACCCAGCUCACGUACCCUCACGAUCUUAUCGAUCUCGCUUUCCUUGUCGGCGACACAAAGGACGACACCAUGGCAGCGUUGGCAAAGGAGCUGGAGCGAGUACAAGGGAACCCCGAGGCUGCAUUCCGAUCCGCAAUGAUUGUCGAGAAAGACUUUGGCGUCACCUUGUCCCAGGACGUUGAAUACAGACAUAGCUUCGAAGCUCAGGGCCCGCGGAGGAAGGCGAUGGGCAAGGCGAGGAACUACUUGCUCGCUACCGCGCUGAAGCCGGAGCAUAGCUGGGUGUACUGGAGGGAUGUGGACAUCAAGGAUAGCCCGGCGAAGAUUAUUGAGGACUUCAUCGCGCACGAUAGGGAUGUCCUAGUUCCCAAUAUCUGGUUCCACAGGUACAAGGAAAAGGAUGGCAAGAUGGUCGAUAUAGAAGGAAGAUUCGACUACAACUCGUGGCAAGAAUCGCCCGAAGGGCUCAAACUCGGCGCCACGCUCGAUAAAGACGUCGUACUCGCGGAAGGGUACAAGGAAUACAAGACCAACCGUAAAUACAUGGCCAAAAUGGGCGACUGGCGCGACGACAAGGACUUCGAAAUCCCCCUCGACGGCAUCGGCGGUGUCAACAUCAUCGUGAAAGCCGACGUCCAUCGCUCCGGCAUCAAUUUCCCCUGCUAUGCUUUCGAGAACCAAGCUGAGACGGAGGGAUUCGCGAAGAUGGCGAAGAGAGCUGGAUAUGGCGUUUAUGGGCUCCCGAAUUAUGUGGUGUGGCAUAUCGAUACGGAUGAGAAGCCCGGGAAUGCGUAAGCAUUGCAAGAGAGGAAGAGGAGACGUGCAAGCGAGGAGAAAAACUGUAUGACUAUGAUGCAUCUAGAGGGGAGUUUUGACCGGGCGGGUACAUUGAAUGCCUGACC